GGAAAGGUGGCAGGUACUCACCAGACAUGAAGUAGGCAUGAGACCUGAAGGUGAAUGUGAUUCAAAGAGUUUUUUGGCCGGGAAGCGGGGCAGACUUUUGAGUGUUUGUCGACCGGUCUUCAAUUACCAUCACUCAAUGGAUAAGCCCUAUGCGUCUGAUAUUGAAGAUUUCAGCAGGAAUUAAGAGAAGCAACUAUUCGUGAUCCCCUGAAUUUGCUGACGUUGCUGCGCUGACGCUGGAUAUUCUUGUGGUUUUAUUUUAUUUUAUUUUUAAAUGCUACAGCCAUGACCAUCACUCUCAAUAUCCCAAUCCCUUUCUUGGAAAAGAAAGCAAAGAUCAUAGCCCAGCUGGCGACGCCCGAUUCAACUUACACGGAUGCGUCGCCCAAGGGCUCCGUAGACGUCGGGAUCCGAGAGCUCAUCGCCGAGAUCAACUGUCAGGCCGGGCUCGUGACCACCAGCUCCUGUGCUGGACGGGUCAGCGUUUUCCUGGAGGGCAAAAAGGCCCAGAAUCGGGUGCAAGUGGGAGGCGGUGAUGCGCAGCUUGCCGGGACGGUUGGGGGCAAGGGAGGUGGUGGGAGGUGGCUGUAUGUGAGCCACGAGCCUUUUGGCGAUGUGGGUGGGAGGAGCUGGGAGGAGGUGCUAUUUGGUGCCGACGGUCCCGGUGAUGACGUUGCUGAUGAGGGGACGGGGGAGGCAGAGGAAAGGCUUGUGCAUUUUAAGUUUGAACCCAUGAUCCUCCACAUCCUCACCGCAUCCUCAGAGCACGCCCAGUCUGUUAUACGGUGCGGUCUGGAAGCCGGCUUCCGUGAGUCUGGAGCCAUCAACCUACUCGGCCCGCAGCAGCAGCAGCAGGCCACCCCCAUGGUUGCCAUCAGGUCAAUGGGCCUCGGGCUAGAGUCCAUCAUCGGCACGCUGGCCGCAGGCGGACUGCAGUGCCUAGUCACCCCGCAGUACCUAGCCAUGCUGGUCAGGAUAUCAAACGAGAGGUUCCGGCAGAAUGCGGAGCGGAUCGAGCGUUUUCGCCUGGCUUUGCAGGAGGAGUUUGGGGAGAAGAAGCAAACGGGAAAUCCCGGCUGGGAAGACGCGGCUGCGAGGAGGGAGAGGAAGAAGGCCGAGGGGUUAAGAAGGAGGGAAGAGAUUGCCAAGGAGAAGGAAAAGUCAAACUCGGCAAAUGGAAAUCCUGAUAUGUCAGAUGAGCAGCCAAUAUCAAUACCAUAACCACAAUACGC